CACACACACACACCUCACUGUCAUCCCACAGCCAAUAAGGGCCUGAUGAGCUCAAGUAUCACUAUAACACAAGGACUUAUUCUCUGAGCGGAGGCUGCAGAUUCUUACAGAUCUUCAUUUUCAUCGUCCGAGGAGCUUCUCUUCCCCUCUGAGGUGUGAAGUCUGCAGUCGCCAUGUCCGACAAUGAGGAAGUGGAUCAGUACGAGGACGAGGAAGCCCAGGAGGAGGUAGUAGAAGUAGAAGUAGCCCCUGAGGCGGAGGCCCAGGUAGAAGCAGAGCCAGAGGUAGAGCCUGAACCAGAACCUGAACCAGAGCCAGAGCCACAGGAGGUGGUUCAUGAGGAGGAAGACGGCUAUGACGAGGAAGAGGAGGGAGAUCAAGAUGAGGAGAAGCCGAAGUUCAAACCGAGUGCUCCGAAGAUCCCUGAUGGCGACAAAGUGGACUUUGAUGACAUCCAUAAGAAACGUCAGAACAAAGACCUGGCCGAGCUGCAGACGCUGAUCGACGCUCACUUUGAGUGCAGGAAGAAAGAGGAAGAGGAGCUCAUCCAUCUCAAAGAACGAAUUGAGAAGCGUCGAGCUGAGCGAUCCGAGCAGCAGAGGAUCCGAUCUGAAAUAGAUAAAGAGCGACAGGCCAGACGGGAGGCUGAGCGGCAGAGGAAGGAGGAGACCGACGCCCAGAGGAAGGCCGAGGACGAAGCCAAGAAGAAGAACGCGCUGAGCAGCAUGGGAUCAGGCUUCAGCAGCCACCUGCAGAGGGCUGAAGGGAAGCGAGGCAAGAAGCAGACCGAAAGGGAAAAGAAGAAGAAGGUUCUGUCAGAGAGAAUCAAACCACUGAGCGUUGAGAAUCUCAGCGAUGACAACCUGAGGCAAAAGGCGAAGGAGCUGUGGGAGUGGCUGCACGACUUGGAGGCCAUCAAGUACGACCACUGCGAGGCGCUCAAGAGACAGAGAUAUGAGGUCAUCUCUCUCCGAAACCGCAUCGACGAGCUGCAGAAACACAGCAAGAAGGGAGCCGCCUCGCGCCGCAGGAAGUGAGCGUUCCCUCGGCGACAGGAGCGGCUGAAACAUCAGCGACACCCACAUCAACAAGUGGACGUCUUAACGCGUCUUAACGUGUUCUGGACAAAUUUAACCCUGACAAAGAAAUUUUAAAAAGUGUUUGUGUUAAAAAAGGAACAUUUGUAACAGUUCCGACAAUAAAAUGCCAGAAUUAUUCAUCCUCCAGUCUGAAUGUCCAAGUUUGUAUCCAUUAAUAUCUAUCUGAUCAAUAUCAUUGAUUAGCUUCCUGUGAGUACACCAGUAGUUAAUGCAACAAAACCCCAACACAAAAUAAAGAAAUGCCAGAGAA